UGAAAUUAAAAACCCUAUAUUCGGGAGUUUUCGUUCCUGAAACGUAUUACAAUCUUCCAAUUUACAUAGGAGGCGUAUUUGCUAGUUCUCCAACAUGCCGGCCACCGCGGGGAGGGUUCGCAUGCCAGCGAACAACCGCGUGCACAGCAGCGCCGCCCUACAGACCCACGGCAUAUGGCAGAGCGCCAUUGGGUACGAUCCAUACGCUCCGAACAAAGAAGACAAAAAGGAAAGCAGAUCUUCUCAGAAGACCUCCGUCCCUGAGUCCGACCCCGACGCCGGAGAAAAUGCGUACGCCAGUUUCCAGGGUUUACUCGCUCUCGCGCGCGUCACCGGAUCCAACGCCGACGAGGCGCGUGGCUGUUGCACGAAGUGCGGGCGAGUCGGUCAUUUGACGUUUCAGUGCAGGAAUUUUUUGAGCGCCAAGGACGAGGAAGGGAAGGACCUAGGUGCAAUCCAAGCUGGGGUUUUUUCUGGUUUGGAUAAAUUGAGAGGGGAGAGAGUGAAAGCCAAAGGGAAGGGUUUGGUCGAGGGCGAUGAGAGUAGUGAAGAGGAGGAGGAGAGUGAAAGCUCCGAUUCCGAUUAUGAUUCGGAGAUAGAGAGGGCGAUAAAGAAAAAAUACGGAAAAAGGGUUAGUGGUAAAAGUAUCAAGAGUAACGAUGAUGAGUCUUCGGAUGAGGGGAGUCGUAGGGAGAUGAGAAAGAGGGAGAAAUUGAGGUCGAAGAAAAAGAGUGCCAAGAGAGAGAAAAGUGAGUCUGAGGACGAAGGAAGAAGAAAGAGGAGGAGAGAGAAAGGGAGGAGAAGGGAUGAGGAUGAUGAUUCGUCGGAUGAAGAAGAAAGCGGACGAGGGCGAAGGAAGAGGAGCAAGAGUAGGAAGGAGAAGAGAAGGAGAAGGAGCCACCGGCAUUCAGAUGAUGAUUCAUCGGAUGUUAGUGACGAGUACAAUGGAAAAACAGUGCAUGCCCCGGCGCAUGCCGAUCCAUCCAUCAUCACAGUUAACCUCCAACUAUGCCGAUGGUUUAGAUCCAAUAUGGGUACUGUCAUAGAGACCAUCCACCGUCAGCCCAAAACCGCCCAACAGUCUUUUUCGAAUAGCCCCAGGCCUAACCGGUCAAUUAUCCUUAGGGAGUCCCCAAAGGAAUCAAAUAUAAUCGAUAUCGGAUAUGCUUCCGACUCUCAAUUUAGGGUUUGA